AUGGAGUCUACCCACACAGCCCAGGACGUCAUCCAAGCCCUCAAUCUUGCCCCUCAUCCGGAGAAGGGCUACUACAUCGAGACAUUCCGCGAUCGAAACGAAUCAGCCGACGGCCGCUCAUGCGGUACCUAUAUCUACUACCUCCUCGAAGGCGAGUCUGGACUCUCGCACUGGCACCGCGUGCUCGACGCCGUUGAAGUUUGGCAUUACUAUGCUGGUGCACCCUUACAGCUCUCGCUGUCUUGGGACGAUGGCAAGCCUGUCCGCGACCUGGUUCUGGGUCCGGAUCUGUGGAAAGAUCAGAGACCACAGAUCGUGAUCGAGCGGGGAGAAUGGCAACAUGCACAAUCACUGGGAGACUGGACGCUUGUUGGAUGCUCUGUGACACCGGGGUUUGAGUUUAAGGGCUUUGAGAUGGCGAAUCCAGGGUGGGAGCCGAAUGGUGCGGUGCCAAAAGUGUGA